GUGCUCUCUGCAAAGCAGCUCCCAGCCGGUUUGUUUACACGCAGACACAAAGAAGCUGUGUUUAAAACAGCAGCAGCAUGUCAGCUACAAGCCGGGAUACGUGUUUAAUGUGAGUGUUUCUGCUCACAAACACGCCGUCAGUAGUGAAGACGUGCAGCUCGCUCACAUGUCGUGUUCGCUCGUCAGCCCGUCCGGACCUCGGAUUUCACUGGAGAACGGACGGGCUGUGAUUCUGGGCCGAGGUCCGGACACCGGGGUCGCAGACAAGAAAUGCUCCAGACACCAGGUGAAGGUGGUGGCUUGCUACGCAGACCAGGAUGCGGUUGUUACUCAGCUGGGUCCAAAUCCCAGUUUCCUCGACAACGAGAAACUGGGCCGGGGUCAGUCUGGUAAACUCAGCCAUGGAGGUACCCUCUACCUGGUAAACCAGAACCAUCCAUUUAAACUGCACUACUCUCUGAGCUCAAACGGAGCAGCCUCCGCAGCUGCAAGGAGAGGACUAAAGCCUGCAGACAAGAUGAAGGGUGGAGGAAAUGGGCAAGACAAAGAGGCACAGUCGAGUCCAAAUCCCAAGCGCAGUAUCAAGGAUUUCUUUUCUACCUCUCCCAUGAAGCCGUCUAAAAGACGACUGAGCCCACAGAGGGGCCACGCCGAGGUGAAGCGCCAAAGAAGAGACGAGGAGGCCUCAGAUAGACAGAUGAAGGAAGAGGAAGAGGAGGAGAGACUAGCAGAGGAGAAGCUCAGGCAGCUGCAGCGGUUGGCAGAGAAGUCCACGACAGAGCGGAAGAACAGCACCCAGCCUUCAUCAUCUUCAUCACCGCCGUCGUCUUCAAAGGGCUGUCUAAAGAGCAGCUGGCAGCAGAUUGGCAACCUGAUGCUUUACACUGCUGCUGGAGUCAAAGGGAGUGACAAGAUUGCUGGCUUUGACAUAGAUGGUUGCAUCAUCACCACCAAAUCUGGCAAAGUCUUUCCCACCGCACCAGAUGACUGGAAGAUUCUGUAUCCUGAGAUUCAGCCAAGACUGGCCAGCUUGCUCAAAAAAGGAUACAAGGUGGUGUUCUUCACCAACCAGAUGGGGAUCGCUAGAGGCAAACUGAGACCAGAAGUCUUUAAGUCUAAAGUGGAGGACAUCCUCGCCACUCUGCAGCUCUCUGUGCAGGUGUUUGUAUCAACCGGUCCUGGGAUCUACAGAAAACCAGUGCUGGGAAUGUGGAAUCACUUGUGUGAGAAGGCAAAUGAUGGCGUGGCUGUUGACCAGACACAGAGUUUUUAUGUAGGAGAUGCUGCGGGUAGGCCUGAGAACUGGGCUCCAGGGAAGAAGAAGAAGGAUUUCUCCUGCAGUGACCGACUGUUUGCUCUGAACAUUGGAUUGCAGUUCCACACCCCAGAGGAGUACUUCCUGGGCUGGAAGAGCGCCCCCUACAGCCUGCCUAAUUUUGACCCAAGGAAGAUUGACAACAGAGCAUCACUUUACGACCCGCCGUCUGCCUCUCUCACCUCCGACAAGACAGAAGUCAUUGUUGCCGUGGGUUUCCCUGCAUCGGGUAAAUCCACCUUCUUUCACACCCACGUCAUUCCAAAGGGCUAUGCAUAUGUCAACAGGGACACGCUCGGCUCAUGGCAGAGCUGUGUAUCGGCAUGUGAGCGCGCUCUGAAAGAGGGCCGCAGCGUCGCCGUGGACAACACCAACCCAGACCAGGAGUCUCGCAAACGCUAUGUGGAUGUGGCCAAGGCCAUGGGAGUGCCCUGUCGCUGUUUCCACUUCUCAGCGUCUCUGGAACAAGCUAAACACAACAACAGGUACCGUGAGAUGGCACCAUCAGACAAAAAACACAUGAAGGUCAAUGAUAUGAUUUUCCACAGCUACAAGAAACACUUUGUGGCUCCUGCUCUCUCUGAGGGAUUCUCCGAAAUCCUCCAGAUCCACUUUGUACCAAAAUUCAAAGACAGCGAAUCAGAAAGCCUCUUCCGGCAGUUUUCAGAGGGCUGAUUAAGACAGCUGGCUUUACUAACACUUGUUGACUUUCUGACACUGAAAAAAUGCACAGCUCAGCCAGUGAAGCAGCUGAGUGGUGAAAUCUAAGCAACACAAGUUUGAGGGGCUGUCUGCUGUCUGUGCAAGUGUUUGUUUGUUGUUUGUAUUCGCUUACACACAGACUGUAACGACAGAGACCGAUGAUGAUAACUAGACUUGCAGCAGUGAAUCAGGUCCUUCCACUCAAGCAGUGAUUAAUCGAACAAAUCAGUGUGUCCAUAAAUAUGCAGACACAUACUGUAUUUCUGUUAUGUUUGUCUAAGGAACUAAAUAUAUGUGCGCUACAUAUGGUGAGUUUGGAAAGAAUA